UUAGUGCUAGGGAUACAUGGCAUCAGUGAUCGUUUCUAUUUCUUUUUCUGCCCGUCUCUUAUUGUUUCUGUGGGCGGUUGGUGGGCCAGAUUUAGUGCUCGGGCGAUUGAUUCUGCGCAGUACAUAGGAUCAGGACUCAUCCACAAGGGGAUCCCACCCAAGAAUGAUUCCUAUGUUGGGAUUUUUGCUUCAAACUGUCCUGAGUGGGCAAAGAAAAUCUGAAAGACUUUACUCCUGCCAAAGCUUCAGAUACCUUCUCCAUCUGUUACACAAGUGGAACUCAAGGUCGGCCUAAAGGCGCAAUGCUCACCCAUGAAAGCUUCCUGUGUAUGGUAGAGAGCAUUAUCAUACAAGUAAAGGCUGAUCUACCGUUUUCUCCCGCAGAUGUUCACUUUUCUUAUCUCCCCUUGGCUCACAACUUUGACCGUGGAGUACACGUCCUAGCGCUGAUAAGCGGCGCUCGGAUUGGUUACUACAGUGGUGACGUCACACUCCUGAUGGACGACCUCGCAACACUGAAGCCCACUAUUUUCCCAAGUGUUCCUCGCCUCCUCAAUCGUAUAUACGACACCAGGGAUCAUCAGAAAAGACAGUUUCUGGGACAAACUGGUGUUCAGCAAAGUCCAGGAGAAGCUGGGAGGGAGAGUGAGGGUCCUCAUUUCAGGCUCAGCCCCUCUCUCCAGUGACGUCAUGACAUUUCUGCGCUGUGCCAUGGGAUGUGUGGUGUUGGAAGGUUACGGGCAGACUGAGAUGGGUGCCGGGAUCACAUUCCAACUGCCCGGAGAACCUGGAGCUGAGGGCCAAAGAAGUUGUCCUCAAAGACAUAAUGGUUUGUGCAGACAAACGUGGUCUACGAGGUUUUGAAAAGGUCAAAGACAUCAUCCUGGAGCCAGAACUGUUCUCCAUUGACAACGGACUUAUCACCCCUACAAUGAAGAACAAAAGAAACGCUUUAAGCGCCAAGUACAAAGAACAGAUCCAAGAACUGUAUGCUAAGAACGGGUUGUGAGUGCCCCACAAUGUCACAGUGGACCUGGCACUUUGAGAACGCUGAUGGUUUUCCCUCUUUGUAGAUUCAGAUGGUGUUGGAUGCAAAAUUGCUGCUUUCAAGAAGAUUUGUUUUACGAGGAACAAAAACAACAAAAACCCAACCCAAUAAAACAAACAAAAAGAAAAACGAAA